AACCCAUUUCAAUGGAGCUUCAAGAUGAGAAGCCAGUUGUGUUAAUCACCGGCUGUUCUCAGGGCGGAAUAGGCCAUGCAUUGGCUUGCGAGUUUGCUUCAAAACAAUGCCAUGUUGUAGCCACAAGUAGGAAAAAAAGAACCAUGCAAGAUCUUGAACAAGAUCCCAGGUUCUUUCUGCAGGAACUUGAUGUAUGUUCAGAUGAAAGUGUGAAGAACUGUGUGAAAAAUGUAGUUGCAAAGUUCGGAAGAAUUGAUGUAUUGGUUAACAAUGCUGGAGUUCCAUGUAUUGGCCCUCUGGUUGAGCUUCCAUUAUCAGCAAUGGAGCUAGGUUUCAAUACAAAUGUUUAUGGUCCUGUAAGAAUGGUUCAAGCUGUUUUUCCUCACAUGGCAUCUAAAAAGAAGGGAAAGAUUGUGAACAUGGGAAGUGCUAGUGCAUACCUCCCUGCACCCUGGAAUGGUGUUUAUGUUGCAAAUAAAUGUGCUCUUCAUUCACUCACUGAUACUUUGAGAUUAGAACUAGGUCAUUUUGGAAUUGAAGUGGUCAAUGUUGUCCCUGGGGCAAUAACAUCCAACAUAGGGAAGUCUUGCAUUUCUAGCUACAACCAAAGGCCUGAAUGGAAGCUAUACAAGCCAUUUGAAGAAAUCAUUCAAGAGAGAGCAUAUUUUUACAGAACAUUAAAGAGGAUCCCUGCAGAAGUGUUUGCCAAGGAUAUGGUGGCGGCGGUGAUGAAGAAGAACCCCCCAGCUUGGUUCUCCUCUGGUCCUUACUCCACCCUCAUGGCAAUCUUGUACCAUAUGCCUGUCUUUGUUCAAGAUUUUAUUGUAAAGAAAACAGUGAAAUGCUGAGUUCAUUGUUGCUUGUUAGGUUCAUGCCUUUCUUCUUGAAAGCUUGCAGAAUGACACUCAUUUAUAUGGUCCAUGUCCAUCAAAUGAAAUAAUAUCCCUGCGUUUACAUGUGUCAAAA